AUGUCAGGUAAAGCUUCUACAGAGGGUAGUGUUACUACCGAGUUUCUCUCUGAUAUUAUCGGCAAGACAGUGAACGUUAAGCUCGCUUCAGGUUUACUUUAUAGUGGAAGGUUGGAGUCCAUAGAUGGUUUCAUGAAUGUAGCUCUAUCGAGCGCCACUGAGCAUUACGAAAGUAAUAAGAACAAGCUUCUAAACAAGUUCAAUAAUGAUGUCUUUUUAAGGGGCACACAAGUCAUGUAUAUUAGUGAACUGACAAUAUAA